UAUCCGUUCGGCUGCCGAGCAAGUCGGUCUUGAAAUUAUCGGUAAAAUAAAUUGGGUUUUUUGUAAUUAUGUGCCAUUCUUAGAUUAAUUAAAUAUGUCUAUUGAAACAUCAUUUUGGCAAUGGUGGCUGAUUUUGGGGAUUAUAUCGGUUUCGGCGAACGAUGUUAGCCCACCACAUAUACUAUUUAUAAUAGCUGAUGAUAUGGGCCACAAUGAUGUUUCAUAUCACGGCUCGGACCAAAUCUCCACACCCAACCUUGACGCUCUCGCCACUCGUGGUGUAAUUUUAAAACAGUACUACAGCGAAGCAAUAUGUACACCUGCUAGGGCUGCGCUACUCACAGGAAAAUACCCCAUGAGAACUGGAAUGCAGGGUUUUCCUUUGUACAACUCAGAAGAUCGAGGUAUUCCAUUGACUGAGAAGCUGUUGCCGGCUUAUUUGAAGGAUAUAGGUUAUGAUACGCAUUUGGUUGGGAAAUGGCAUCUUGGAAUGGCAAGCAAACAAUUUUUGCCACAGUAUCGAGGUUAUGACAGUCAUUAUGGAAUGCGCGGAGGAUUCGUCGAUUAUUUGUCAUACCAUAAAGUGGAAGAGUUGCCUGACGGUACACUUAUGUUUGGUUUGGAUUUGUUUGACAACGAUAUACCUCAAAUCACUGAAGAGCGAUAUGUUGUGGACGCUCUAACAGACAGAGCUAUUGAGAUUAUAUUUGGUCAUAAUUCGUCCACACCACUCUUUCUUCAUUAUACUUCGUGUGCGCCACACGCGGGUAAUGCUGGCGGAGCGCUGCAACCACCGCUAUACAAAAAACUUGGCAGCAGACACAUUGCUAACUCAAAUAGACGACUUUACGCAGAGGUUGUGCGACAUCUUGACUACAGUGUGGGACGACUCGUCCGGGCGUUGGCUGAUAAAGGCAUUCUUCAAAAUACGCUUAUCGUAUUCGUGUCUGAUAAUGGUGCUCCCACUACGGGAAUGUACAGGAAUUGGGGAGUCAAUCUGCCCUUUAGGGGCCGGAAAAGCUCUCCCUGGGAGGGAGGGGUAAGAGUUCCAGCAUUCAUUUGGCACGCGGGCUUGAAACCAAACGUUUGGGAUGGUCUUAUGCAUGUUUCUGACUGGAUGCCAACAUUACUCGCAGCUGCUGGCAGAAUGUUUGAUGAAAAAAUUGACGGAAUCAACCAAUGGCCUUCAAUAUUACAAGGACAACAAUCUCCAAGAAAAGAAGUAUUGGUUGCUGUUGAAGAUAGAGAUAAUGGAUACGCUGCUUUACGCAUGGGUGAUUACAAACUAUUAAUUGGCAAUUUCACUGGACUUGGGAGCGCUUACUAUGGAGCUGAAUUUUUGGCAAAUAAAGAAACGCCGCCAGAUUUUUACGAAUCAUUGGCGUCGUCUGAAGUUGCUAAGGCCUUUUCAACUUUGGGAAUUACUUACGAUUAUGGGGACGUUAUCGCUACGAGGAAAGCGGCGGUGGUGAAGCAAAUAGAUACAGUCAAAGAUCAAGUACCUUGCAUCCCAACAGCAAUACGCGGUUGCCUCUACAACCUUAAGAAGGAUCCAGCAGAAAGUCACGACUUAUGGCUUCGAGGGCAGAAAAUAGUUUCCAUGAUGACUAUGCGCCUGCGUUCUCUCUGGUCUCAAAUAGUAAAACGAGGACCAACCGAAUUAAAUAUAGACGCAGAUCCAGCUGGUCAUAACUAUGUUUGGUUGACGUGGCAAAACAAUGUCACCCAAGAGAGCCCUCUCAACGAGAGAGAAUUUUAUAAGGAUGCAACGCUGGUCACCGUCGGCUGUGAAUGUGCGAAUAGCUGGCAAAAUUUAUUGUGUAUCAUAAGGAGUGUGCUUCAAUAGUUGUGUCGAAAUUUGAAAGAUUACCUACGGUACAAUCACGAAAAUAGUGGUCUUAAUAAUUGUUAUUUUUAUAUCAACUAGUCAUCAUCAGUAGCAUGUAUUUUUUGUGGUAUCUAAAAUCAAUAGCACGAAACAAAGUAAUUUUAAAAAUGAUGCAAUGAAUGUGAUCGUAUUUUAAAAAUUACGUUCGGGCUUUUUAGACUAGUUUGUUGAUGUGUAAAGUGAUUACAAACAAUAAAAUAGAUUAUCAUGUAUUUAUUUAAUACAAAUACUAUACAAGCUAUUAAAGUACCAAAAUGUACUUACAACGACAAAUCUAACAACAUCUAAAAAUAACGUAAGUUAAAAUAAAGUUUUUGAAGUUAACUGUGUCGUAUUUUAUCGGAUGAUCAAAAGUUUUAUCUUGAUACUUGACACGAACUCAAAUAUAUGUUUUAUAGGACAAUAUAGAAACAAGAAAAAUGUUUUACGUAAGCGAGGCAAAAUUUCAAAAAUGAUAGAAAAUUAGUGAUUGAGACCGCAUCUCUUAAUUGUUAGGUCGCUUUGGGUUCGAAUUCCUGUUGUGCACUUUGGUGCUAUGUGACCAAUAUGUACGAAUGAAUAACUGAACAUCGAAAGGAAACCAGUCCAUAUCUUAGAACAUAAAAUCAGCCAUAAAUAUCAAGCAAAAAACCUGCUUUAGGUUAGAGUAGAUACUUAAGAAAGUGUUAAUAAAGUAGAUGCGUUAGAUUAAUGAUGUUAAUAGCAUUUAAGUUCCACACCAUUGUUGAUUUAAUUUAGAUUUUUUCUUUCUGAUGAAAUCUGCUAGUAGUUGCAUAUAGAUAUUAUUCGUAAUUAACAAGAAACAUAAAUGAUAACUUAUUGCGUAUAAAUCAUAUUAAGUACUUUUUCUAGGCGAUAAGUAAAAUGGGACAAUUGCCAAAGUGCAUCCACAAAAUGUUAACGAGCUGUGUUUUACAUAGCCAUUAUGAAUUCCUGUAAAAUUCUUAUAUUAUACGCUUAUAUAGCUUUCUAAUAAACUUAUUUUGAUACUUGUAACAUAGACAAUGUUAUAUCAAUUAAUUGUUUUAAGUCACGAAGGAAUU